UCUCCUCUCCCGGAGGCUACCUUCUACCCUGAGGGUGCAGCAGGGCCGUGAGGGGACGGGAAGCCUCAGAUGGCCCGGCGGGCGCUGGUGCAGGCAGCGGCCUUAGCUUCUCAGGGGGUAGCCGCCUUUCCAAAACCUGCACUCGUCAGAAAGCUCUCGGAAGGCUCACAGAGGUGUGCGGGCACGUCUGGGGAGAAACGUGAGGAAAAGCACUUUUGCAAGAGUUGGCAGAGAGCUUCACUAGAGAAGAGCUAGGUUACGAUUUACAAAGCAAGGGCCAGUAAUGUCUUUAAUUAUGUUCUUAGGAAAGCACAGAUAAAAAUGGGAAAAACGUGGCUCUCCCGCCUGACACUGCCGGCUAAGGCCACGGCAGCCGCGCAGACAGAAGCGUUUCUCCGAGAUGAAGGGACUGAAUGAGAUGCACAACUAGUAAAUUUAAUUAACACAGGCAAAAGGGCCUCCAGUCUUUGGAGAGAAUUUGAAGAAGUCUUGACUGAAUGUUUCUGAGCGUUGUGCUGCUUCUAGCUGCUCAGCAUGUCUUGGCUGAUCCAACUCUGCAUACUCUGACCAUGAGCAGCAAUUCUUCCCUCAGCAAUGUGAAGGGCCUGAGGAAUCUCACCUCGCAGGAAGACGGGGCAGUCAGAGUCACCGAGUCCAUUGCUAUAAUCGUCAUUGCUAUUUUCAUCUGCUUGGGCAACCUGGUGAUUGUCAUCACCCUGUAUCGGAAGUCUUACCUUCUCACGUUGAGCAACAAGUUUGUAUUCAGCCUGACCCUCUCCAACUUUCUGCUCUCUGUACUGGUGCUACCUUUUGUUGUCACCAGCUCCAUCAGGCGAGAAUGGAUCUUCGGAGUUGUUUGGUGCAAUUUCUCAGCACUGCUCUACAUGCUGAUCAGCUCAGCCAGCAUGCUUACUCUUGGACUCAUAGCUGUAGACCGGUACUAUGCUGUCCUGUACCCAAUGAUUUACCCAAUGAAGAUAACAGGCAACAGAGCAGUGGUAGCUCUUGUGUAUGUGUGGCUACAUUCCCUUAUUGGCUGCCUCCCUCCACUUUUCGGUUGGUCAUCUUUGGAGUUUGACCAGUUCAAGUGGAUGUGUGUGGCAGCCUGGCAUAAAGAGGCUGGAUACACUGCCUUCUGGCAGAUCUGGUGCGCGUUGCUGCCUUUCAUGGUCAUGAUGAUCUGCUAUGGAUUCAUAUUCCGAGUGGCAAGGAUUAAGGCCCGCAAAAUCCACUGUGGUAGUGUCAUCAUUGUGGAGGAGGACUCCCAGAGGAAUGGGAGGAAGAACUCCAACACUUCCACAUCCUCUUCAGGCAGCAGAAGGAAUACUUUCCAAGGGGUUGUCUACUCAGCCAACCAAUGCAAAGCUUUCAUAACCAUCUUGGUUGUCAUCGGUGCUUUUGUGAUUACAUGGGGGCCUUACAUGGUAGUAAUUACAUCAGAAGCACUUUGGGGAAAGAAUAGUAUUUCCCCUGCCUUGGAGACAUUAGCUACAUGGUUGUCCUUUUCCAGUGCCAUUUGCCAUCCUCUAAUUUAUGGACUGUGGAACAAAACAGUACGCAAAGAACUACUAGGAAUGUGUUUUGGGGAUCGGUAUUAUCGUGAGACCUUUGUUCAGCGGCACAGAACAUCAAGGUUAUUCAGCAUUUCCAACAGGAUCACAGAUUUGGGGCUAUCUCCUCAUCUCACUGCCCUCAUGGCAGGUGGGCGGCCAUUAGGAAACAGCAGCAGCACAGGAGACACAGGUUUCAGCUGCUCACAGGAUUCAGGAACAGAGACAAUGCUUCUUGAAGAUUAUAGCUCAGAUAGCACUCAAGCCUCACACUGUGUCUGUCCUCCUCGAAGGAGGAGUUCAGUGACGUUUGAAGAUGAAGUAGAGCAAAUUAAAGAAUCUGCAAAGAAUUCUGUUCUUCAUGUAAAAGCUGAAGUCCAUAAAUCCCUGGACAGUUACGCAUCCAGUUUAGCAAGAGCUAUUGAAGCUGAUGUGAAGAUCAGCUUGUUUGGGGAAGAUGCUUUACCAGGAGCUCUGUUCCCUGCCCGGACUCUGCCAGGAAGCACUGUGAACACACGGCGUGGCGUCAGGCCCCAUGCUAGCCAGAGACUUAAGUUGCAGAGCAUCGAUGAAGGGACUAUUUGACAGGAGCACUGGCAUAUGAAACCUGAAAGAAACCACUAAGCGGGACCUACAACAGCUGUUGGUGUUUCAACAGAACCAGGGUAUCUUCUCAGGAUGUUUUCAGUGUUUUCUCAACACUUGAAAAAUUCUGGUACUUGCAUCAGCAUUUUACAGCAGUGUUUGUUUACUGUUUAGGGUGCUAUUGACUCUUGUGCCAUGUCUUAAAUGUAUCACGCAGUGUGUAGGAAUGCAGAGUUUGAUUUUAUCGACCAGAUCAUUAGUCUGUUGAAUCUUGGGUCCAUUAUCGGCCAAAGCUUUAGGAAUGAAAAAUGGAAAUGUAUGUGCAGUGCUUAAUUCAUUAUUACAUAGAUCCUUUUCUGUACCCCAAGGUAAUCAGUUUAUAUUCGAUAGCUGUAGUGCUCUGAUAGGGAGCUUGUUCAUUGGAUACUAUGCCUUACUGUCACAGACUCCCAAAUGAGCAGCAUGGCCUUUAUUAAGGGCCAAACCUGAACUUUUCAGAGAGCUCAUGCAAGUUACGGUGUUUCUUACCCUUGCUAGCGCAUAUCUCUGGCUGUUCAUCAGAACACUAGAUCUGAAAGUGUACUAUGUGUUGCUUCUGCCUUAUGUGACAGCAGCUGCUUUAGAUGUAGUAGGUGGGAGCAGACUUGUGCUAGAAAUACCGCAGAGAUGGUAUUUAAGGAAAUCAUCAAUGCAGAGUUCUUAGUUUCCCUGAGAACUUCACUUCUCUGGUUUUGCUUUUACUAAAAGGGCACUCUAUGGCUGUGAUAAGCUUGAAAGAAUACAAAUAAUGUAUUACCACUUCAUAUCCAGCAUUCAUCUUUUCCAGAGACAGAAGUUCUAGGAGGGUUUUUUGCUUUGUGUUUUGUUUUUUUUGUUUUUUUUUUUUUUUCAAUCGUGAGGGAAUGUAGUGUUUAAGCUAUAGGUACUUCAGUGCAUCUAUUUCUUGGAAUAUUCAUGAAUCUCUAAAAUAGGAACAUUUGGCGCUUAUAUUGCACUUUGCAUGUUCGUGAGCACUGUACAGACAUGACCUUGCUAGGCCUUUGUGAGAGGGUUGAUCAGCCCUGCUUGCCAAAGAAGGGAAACUGCAACAGUCAAGCUGCUGGCAAAUAAACAGGCUGCAGAGGUGAAAAGGUUUGUUAGGAAAAGAGGGAUGAGGUGGAUCAUACAAGGAUGCCUAGCUUGAGGAAUGUUUCUGUGCCUUCUUGGGGUAGCCCCUUCCUUACUUUGUGAGGGUUGCAGCCCUGCCCUACUGCUUAUUUCAAAGAGAGACAUAAAUGAAUAGGAUAAUUUCUUGGAGAUGUCAGUAGCAAAUAGACUUAAGGACCAAGGAUUUCCAUCUGUUUGCUCUGUGCCCAUUCCCCCCCACCCCUCCACCUUUCCCCAGAAGUGGUGUGUCUGAGGUUUUGCAGCAGAUGGUUUGGAAAUCAGGGGCGGGAUGUUUCCAUCUGGGCAAAAACUGGAUGCACACUUGUUAAAUUAUGGCUGUGUGUGAUGCACUUGGAGGCAGAGAAGCAAACUGUUCUGGAGGCAGAGCCCCCGUACUGUACAUAGACACCCUGUUGCCUGAGUUCCCAACUUGGAAACAUUUCAGCACAAGCUUAUGUCCAUCUCUGGACAAAGCAGCUUGAUUUUAUGAACUAGCCUGAAUCCCAUUACAUUGCCAUGUAAGAUACAGCUGCAUGCUUAAAAUUCAGUACAUGGUUUGCUGAUUAAGAACAGGCUGUUACAGCAAGAACACUUGAGCACCAGUAAAAUGGCUCUUUGCCUAACACAGGAAUGAAACUACUAAUAAUAGCAAGGUCCUCACUCCUGAACUUUUCGCUUCUAGUGCGUUGGAUAAAUUGGCACCUGUGGGCACUCAUCUAAGAAAAGAAACCAAAAAAUCCCGUUAUUUAAUUGAAAAUGCCCUGCACUGAGAUCAUUAUUGCUGUCAUUAACAUUACAGUCACUGUUGCUCAAAGUACUUGGUACUCCUUAUCUGUGCACUUGCAUCGGGUGGCUGGAAGAAUUUUACCUGCAUCCCAUUUAUUUCCUAGGCCUGCUCCAAAACAAGCUGAGCAAACCUGAAUAUUUCUGAAUGUAGGAAGAGCACAUCUGAGUACCUGUGCACGUGGGGAAGCCAGUGGUAGCCCAGAAUAAUGUGUUUUAGGAGGAAAAAUGCCAAGGCUUGUGCGAAAGCACAAAGUUGUGAGUAUUUUGUUAGAAGCUUGUUUUUUUACAGAGGUACUGAGUCAAAUUCAGCUGAAGCUGUGCCGGUUUACACCGUGGCUGAAUUUGGCUGUCCCUGUUAAUAUCACUGACCCCUUACUUAGUGUAAAUGUUAAUAUUUUUGUACAUGCAUUACAACUUUUCCCUAAUUCUGUUACUACCACAGUCGCUAUCACACUUGAAUUGUCACUGACAAAAGCAGUAAGUAAGAAAUACACACAUUUUGUAAACAUGUAUUCCCCAUCUUAAACACGACACAAAAGCAAAGCAAAACUAUUUCCA